AUGCAUAGUCCAGCAAGUCCAGAGUCACAGUGGACAGUUAAGGCGGUACAAGAAGUGGACCAUCUUACACCUAACUACAAGACAUGUAAUCUCCAGUUCUCGAGUGAUAGGGACGGUGGUAAUGCUGCCACAGCCACUCCUUCAUCUACACCUCCAUGUUAUACAUCAUCUCCUGAUGACUACAGUCCAGUCUGUAACCUGGCCUCUAAUGAAGUCAGACUUGGAAUCCUCAACCCUGUACACGGUGAUACAUACAGCUGUAGAGUAUACCUGUCCGACUCCACACUGAUAGGACCAGAGUCAACACAGGUGUCUGUUGUAGUACCCGUAACUAGUAUAAUCUUCACACCCCCUGUCAGUGACACAGUGACAGUAACACCAGGGGACAGUCAGGAGUACACAUGUGUAACCGGAAGUUGUCGUCCUCCUGCCCGGAUAAACUGGUACAAGGAUGGUGUAAAUAUCACAACCCAGACCGGAAGUGUUACUAGUGAUGGGGACAAGUUUGUGACCACCAGUUCUUUUACACUGACCGGGACCAAAGGAGACAGUCAAGCCACUAUCCAUUGUAGGGCUAGUAAUGUGGACGGAAUGACCCCUGUCCAGUCUGGUGUUAAAACGUUUGUUGUUCAAUGGUCACCAGAUGGACCGCCAGUUAUAUCCGGGUAUACAAGUGGUUCCAUCUUGUAUGCGAACGAGACAUUAUCGCUCAGUUGCCGGCAGCAGAGUGGAAACCCUCUGUCUACCCUGACCUGGACUGGAUUGUGUGGGGGAAUCCCCGCCACAGAUGGCAGCACUGUUACAGAAUCGGUGUCUACCAUCACUAUAACUCUCACGAAAGGAUACAACCAGGGGAGAUGUGUCUGUGUGUCUACACAUCCACAACCUCAGGCUCAGGACAGGUCACAGGUCACAUUUACCGUACACAACCCUCCCAGUGUCCCGAUCAUUAGCCGGACACCGACACAACCAUGGUUGGAGGGAGAGAGCGGGACACUAAGCUGUAGCUACACUGAGGGUUUCCCAGCUCCAGCCAUGAUUGAGUGGUUCCGUAACAGUCUCCAAACAGGACAGUCAGCGCCAUCUAUAUCACUCUCUCCUCUCAACAAGGAUGACAACAGGGCCGGGUAUUCCUGUCGUGUGAGGAAUGAUUUCACUGAUGUCAAACUUAAUAACCUGACGUCACCAGUUACAUACCUCAAUGUUGAAUAUAAACCGCUGGUGACCUUGACCCCUACCCACCUUACCGUAGUUGAAGGUCAGACUGCUCAACUAACUUGUGACACAGAAGGAAACCCCACACCAACAGUCGAGUGGCUACGUGGAGGUACAUCAGUACAGACAGGACAAGGGACCUCCCUGACCUUGACCCUGGAAAACGUAGAUCGCUCAGCGACAGAUAACUACACCUGUCGGGCGGAGGGCGUGUCAUCUGUACAGGGGAGGCAACUAAUCACACUGAAAAUUGCUUAUAUUCUGGUACAAUAUCCUCCGGAUGUAGUGGUUGUGGCGCCCCCCGAUGUAGAAGAGGGAGACACGGAUGUCCGGUUGAUGUGUAGGACUGUAGGAGAACCCGACAUGCUGACAAGUCAGUCCUGGACACAGACCAUUGCCCAGACCCUCAUUGCUGACCAAUUCACGUAUGACACGGCAACACCGGACACAGUAGUCUUGGCUGAUGUUUCUCUGGAGGACACAGGGACGUAUACAUGUAGUGUAAGCAACGGUAUAGCAACGGUAUAGCAGACACACAAGGGGAGAUUAUACAAUCCAACAGUGCUGUGUUAAAUGUCAAAGUUGCCCCGAAAUUCAAUUCAAGUGGACAGAAUCACAACUUCUAUAGCAGGCUGCAUGAACAAGUGACCAUACAGAUUCCGUUCUACAGCAACCCUCCUGUUACAUCUAC